GGUGCGUUUCCUGCUUUCCUCAAACUACACUCCAACAGGCGCAAUGAAGUCAUAAAACACAAACCCUCCGGGACUUUUCUUCAUCUUUAUUCUGUUUACCCUGAGUCUACCGAACACAUAAACACGUCUGAUGAAGGACGAAGCAGAUGACCUCCCUGAGGUGUUGCCUUCCGGGCCCAGUGCCUUUAUCCCAACUGAAGAGAUUCUGGAGGAAGGAUCCACACAUGAAGUGAUGUCAGACGUUCUGUUGUCAGAGGGACGUGCUGAUCAUAUCAACAUGGUGAUGGGGCUUCAUCCCACCUACCUGACCUGUUUUCAGCGCACCCAAGAUGCUUUGCUCCAGCUGGACGGCCCACUGGCCUUAUCAUGGAGACAUUAUAUAGUUAUUUUGGCGGCUGCUCGUCAUCAGUGCUCGUAUCUCGUGCAUCAUCAUAGCUCUGCUUUUCUGCUUGCCGGUGGAGACGAGUCCUGGCUGCGGGGAGUUCACUGUGCACCACCUAAAAUACAGCAUCUGCAGACACUCAACAAACUACUGGCACACAGACCUUGGAUCAUUACCCAGGAGCACAUACAGGAGUUAGUUUGUCCUGGUGCGGAGGCUCGGUGGUCUCUGGCGGAGCUGAUUCAGGCGGUGGUUCUGAUGACUCAUGCUCACUCUCUGGCCUCGUUUGUGUGGGGUUGUGGGAUUCAUCCAGAGCCCGAGCAGACAGUAGAUCAGACGCUUCAGCCGUGUUCACCCACAGACUCCUGUUGUUCAGUGCGAGGCAAGGCUAGAAAUCAGCAGGAGUGGUCUGAGGCUGUAAACGAGGUUAAGCUUUUGAUGGAGAGGAUGAUGAUGGUUCAACAGCAAGGUGAAGAGUUUACUCAGGAGGAGAUGGUCACUCGCUUUGAAAGAGAGAGGACGGAAAGUUUGCUGGAACCUGCUGAUGUUCAGCGCUCCGUCCUUCCCGACUGUGUGUCUCGGUUUGUCGUGGAUGCAGAUUUUACUUAUCAGGAUUUUAGUCCUAGAGGAGCACAGGCCCCUCCAACCAUGAGAGCUCAGGACUAUUCGUGGGAGGAUCAUGGCUUCUCUCUGAUGAACCGGCUGUAUGGGGAGAUGGCGCAGCUUCUGGAUGAGAAGUUUCAGGUGGCCUGUGCGCUCACUUAUCACACCAUGGCCAUGCACUCACACGUGGACACAUCCACACUGCGCAAAGCCAUCUGGAACUACAUUCAGUGCAUCUACGGCAUCAGAUAUGAUGAUUACGAUUAUGGGGAAGUGAACCAGCUGCUGGAGCGCAGUUUAAAAGUCUAUGUAAAGACUGUGGCUUGUCACCCGGAGAAAACCACAGCAAGAAUGUACUUCUCUUUUUGGAGGCAGUUUCGACACUCUGAAAAGGUCCAUGUGAACCUGUUACUGAUGGAGGCACGAAUGCAGGCAGCUUUACUUUAUGCUCUCAGAGCAAUUACACGCUACAUGACCUAAUACACACACACACACACACACACACACACACACAAGCUCUAUUUAAAGCAUUGAAAUGCGGGAUGACCUGUAAACACUAUCAUGCUCUGGAUUACACACAGAUUGCACAUUAUUCCUCUAAAGCACAAAGAGCUGUUCAGUUUUUUCUUUUCUUUUCUUUGGCUUCUGCUGGAUUUGGGAAGCAGUGAAUUUGCACAUCUUCUAAGUAAACCUGUGACUUUCUCUUGUUGUACUGUGAAUGUGUGUUUGCCCUGCUGCAGUAUUCUCUUCGGUGUGUUUCUGUGAAUGUUUAAGAUCUCCAUCGCCUUUUCUUCUCUCAGAUGGAGAGCAGAUGUAAAAUGGGCAGAACUGGAUGGAGAAAAGCACAUUUUGUUGUUGUUAUUUGUGGAUUUUUACAUAUAAUAAAAUAUUUUAAUAUGA